AGUUCUUUAAUUAAGAGCUGUCAUUAAAAGCACUACUUCUUUUCUGAAAGAAACUGGAAAAAAACGUGUAAAAAGAAAAAUAAAAUGUUGGCUUCAUGGACAAGAUUAGCAACGGCUUGCGCCAAAAUUGGCCUGAAAGUGGGCCAACCCAACAAUGGCCAGGUUCGCAAUCAAAUGGGGAGUCUUCUGCAGUCUCCACGACAUGCCCGGUCUCUGCACGCCUCCUUGGGCUUGUGGGAUGACAAGGGCAAGCCCGAAGACUGCGAUCCGAAACCGGCGGAAUGCAAACCGGAACCGAAGGAUGAAUGCAAGCCGGAACCGAAGGAUGAGUGCGAUGAGGGAGCCGCUGGAGCCUCGGGAGGAGAAGACAAAAAACCACCUGAGGGCAAGGGUCGUGAGGGCUAUAUCCACGCUGUGAUUGGACCAGUUAUAGAUGUCUAUUUUCCGGAAGAGCUCCCCGAGGUACUCAAUGCCAUGGAGGUGAUCGAUGCACCGAUUGGUCGCCUGGUAUUGGAGGUAUUCCAUCAUUUGGGUAACAAUACUGUUCGAUGCGUGGCCAUGGACUCUACGGAGGGUCUGCGUCGUGGCCAGAAAGUGGUCGAUACGGGCUACCCGAUCCGUGUGGCCGUGGGCAAGUCAGUCCUAGGUCGCAUCCUGAACGUUGUGGGCGAUCCCAUCGACGACCGUGAACCCAUUAAGUCGGAAUUCUACUCCUUCAUCCACAACGAGGCUCCAGAGCUAGUUGAUCUGACCGUAAAGCCGGAAAUAUUGGUCACCGGGAUAAAGGUCAUUGAUCUCCUGGCUCCGUAUGUGAAAGGUGGCAAGAUUGGACUCUUCGGCGGAGCAGGAGUGGGCAAGACGGUGCUCAUCAUGGAGCUCAUUAACAACAUUGCCAAAUCCCACGGCGGAUAUUCGGUAUUUGUGGGUGCCGGAGAACGAACCCGUGAAGGCAAUGAUCUCUACCACGAAAUGAUUGAGUCGAAGGUCAUCUCCCUGGAAGAUGACACCUCGAAGGUGGUUCUGGUCUUUGGCCAGAUGAACGAGCCGCCAGGCGCUCGCUCCCGGGUGGUGCUUACGGGUCUGACGAUUGCCGAGUACUUCCGCGAUAUGGAUGGCCAGGACGUACUCCUCUUCAUAGACAAUAUUUUCCGCUUCACUCAGGCGGGCUCGGAGGUGUCGGCUCUGCUGGGUCGCAUCCCCUCGGCCGUGGGCUAUCAGCCCACUCUGGGCACAGACAUGGGCACCAUGCAGGAGCGAAUCACCAGUACCCGUAACGGCUCCAUCACCUCAGUCCAGGCCGUCUACGUGCCGGCUGACGAUCUCAGCGAUCCUGCUCCGGCCGCUACUUUCUCGCAUCUGGACGCCACAACUGUGCUGUCGCGUCCCAUCGCCGAGUUGGGUAUUUAUCCGGCUGUGGAUCCUCUGGAUUCAUCGUCUCGCAUCCUAGAUCCCGAUAUUGUUGGCGAGGAGCACUACAACGUGGCCAGAGCGGUGCAGAAAACCCUCCAGAGCUACAAGUCCCUUCAGGACAUCAUUGCCAUUCUGGGAAUGGACGAGUUGUCCGAGGAGGACAAGCUAACGGUGGCCCGCGCCCGCAAGAUGCAGCGCUUCCUCUCGCAGCCGUUCCAGGUGGCCGAAAUCUUCACCGGACACCCGGGCAAGCUGGUCCCCAUCGAGAAGUGCGUGGAGGGAUUCAAGAAACUGCUCAAUGGGGACUAUGAUGACAUUCCCGAAAUCGCCUUCUAUAUGGUUGGGGAUGUGGAGGAGGUCCUUGCCAAGGCCAGCCAGUUGGCUGCCUCCAUGUCACCGGACGGAACGGCGCCAGCGGCCAAGCCGGCGGAUCCCAAGAAGGACGAGAAGAAAGAUGAUAAGAAGGAGGAGGGCAAAAAGGACGAACCAAAGAAGGAGGAGGCCAAAAAGGCUGAACCUAAGAAGGAGGAGGCCAAGAAGGAAGAAAAGAAGGACCACAAGAAGGAUGAUAAGCCAAAGGAUAAGAAGUAAAGGCUUGUUAUACUAAAGCCUGGGUAAAUUUGGAAAAAAUCAGGGAAAUAAUUUCUUCCUGAUUAUAAUUAAGAUUGUUGCGUUUAUUUUGUUUUUUGCCAAGAAAAAAAAACCAACUGAAUAAUCACA